UUCUUUUUAGUCCUUCAUAUUUACUUGAUUUCACGAACCUUGCGUUAGAGUUCGAAGGAGCUACUAACCUACAACCCGGAAGAUCCAUUAUUAGGUUGAAGAGAAGGUUCUAGAAGAUUCUUAAUCAUGAGUCGUAGUUUAGGGAUACCGGUGAAGCUUCUACACGAAGCAACAGGACAUAUAGUGACCGUAGAGAUGAAGAGUGGAGAGGUUUACAGAGGAAGUAUGGUGGAAUGUGAAGAUAACUGGAAUUGCCAGCUUGAAACCAUCACUUACACUGCCAAAGAUGGAAGGGUGUCACAACUGGAGCACAUUUUUAUUCGAGGCAGCAAAGUCAGGUUCAUGAUAAUUCCUGACAUGCUCAAGAAUGCUCCCAUGUUCAAGCGGCUAGAAGCCAGAAUCAAGGGCAAAGGUACAUCACUUGGUGUUGGACGGGGACGUGCUAUGGCCAUGCGAGCUAAAGCACAGGCUACAGGUCGUGGAGCAGCACCUGGUCGAGGUGUUGUGCCUCCUGUAAGAAGAUAAUCUCCCCACAUUGGUUGGUGUCUGGUUUUUGAGUUAGUAUAAUUCAUUUUAAUAGUGCAUGACUAGUUGCUUAAGUUUGCGUAGCUGGUCUUAUAAUUGAGAAAUGUGCAAUCUCAAAAGUGCGCGAUGUAGAAUGUUGACUUUGUAUUCCAGACAUGACUUGAUAAAACUGGAAAGUAAGCGAUUCUCAUGUUGUGGGAUUUGUGGCAACAUACAAGGGAUGUUUACCAGUCUUUCUUGCGAUGUUUGGUCAAGUUUCUCUAUGUGUAACGCGUAUAUGGAUACUAAAGCAAAUGAACGGUUUAGGGAUGUUUGGGAUUAUGUGUUGCGCGUAUAUGGAUACUAAAGUGAAUGGACUGUUUAGGGAUAUUAUUCUAUGAUAUGUCAACAAGAGCGAGUGCUAGAAUCAACGUGUUUUUUUUCUAAAUAUGUGUUGGUGUAUAUCAUUAUGAAUAACCUUUUGUAUGAAUAUGUAUAUCAGUGAGUCAAUAUACGUCGUUGUACCUCAUUUUAAAAAAGUAUUGUAUACAAGUGUGUAUAUCAUA